AUGAAUAAUUCUACCAUUAACUAUAGUUUUUUAAAUUGUACUAAAGAAGUUAUUUAUUGUUUAGAAGAAGCUAAAAAAAUAGCUAUUUUAACAAAUUCUAAAUCUGAAUUAAUAAUAAUAAAGCCUAUCCAUUUAUGUUUAAGUUUAAUAUUUAAUUCUAAAUUAAUACAAAAAAUUUUAAAUAUAAAUUAUUCUAUAUUAAAUCAAAAAAUUAUAUUWAAUAUAAUUUUUAAUUAUAAUUUUAUAGAUAUAUCUAAUUUAAAUAAAAAAUUAGAUAAAGUUUAUUAUUUAGAUAAAAAUCUUUUACUUAUUUUUAAUAUUUUAAAUAUUUUAGAAUAUCCUUUUAAUACUUUAUUGUUAUUUUAUUAUUUAUGUAAGCAAAAUAUAAAGUUAUAUUCUUAUAUUUUUUCUAUUUUAAAUAUAAAUAAUAUUAAUUUUAUUUUAAUAAAAAAUUAUAUAAAUAAUUUUUUACCUAAUAUAAAUAUUCCUGAGGUAUUAAAAGAUUUUUUAAAUAUUUUAAAUAAAAGAAAUAAUUUAAUAGGUAGGGAUAAAGAAAUAAAAAAUAUAAUUGAAAUUUUAMCAAGAAAAUUAAAUAGAAAUAUUAUAUUAUUAGGUAAUAUUGGAAUUGGAAAAUUAUCUAUAGUUGAAAAAUUAGUAUAUUUAAUACCUAAUAAAAUUUUUUUAGAAUUAAAUAUUACAAAUUUAAUUUCACAAUCUAAUAAUAUUAAUAUAAUUAAAAAUUUAUUUAAUUUUUUAAAAAAAUAUAAUAAUAUAAUUUUAUAUUGUAAAGAUUUUCAUUUAUUAUUUAAUAAUUCUAAUACUACAACUGAUUUAACUUAUAUAAAAAAUAUAAUAUAUGAAUUAUUAUUUUUAAAUAAAAUUCAAAUUAUAGCAACUAGUUCAGAAAAUUAUUAUGAUAAAAUAUUAAAAAAUGAAGAAAAAUUAAAAUUUUUAUUUGCAAAAAUAAAUAUACUUGAAUUAAAUAAAAAUAUAUUAUUUUUAAUAAUGAAACAAUAUCUUAUUAAAAAUAAUAUUAAUUGGAUUAAUGAUAAUAUUUUAGAAAUUAUAAUUGAUUUAAGUAAAAAAUAUAUUAAAGAUUAUGCAUUUCCUAAAAUAGGAUUUUUAAUUUUAGAUUCGAUUAUAAAUAAAUAUAUUAAAAUAAAAAAAAAUAUUUCUAAAAAAGAUAUAAUAGCUAUUAUUUCACAAUAUAGUAAAUUUCCAAAUACAUUACUUUUAAAAGAAACUAAUAAUACUAUUAUUAUUAAUAAUAUAGAUUUAAAAUUAAAAAAAUAUGUAUAUGGACAAGACAUUGCAAUUACAAAAAUUUCUUCUUCUUUAAAACGUGCUUAUACAGGUCUUAAAGAACAAAAUAAACCAAUAGGAAGUUGGUUAUUAUGUGGGCCUAGUGGAACAGGUAAAACUGAAUUAGUUAAAUCUUUAGCUUAUUUAUUAUUUGGCUCAGAAAAAGAAUUAAUUAGAUUUGAUAUGAGUGAAUUUAUGGAAAAACAUUCUAUAUCAAAAUUAAUAGGAUCGCCUCCUGGAUAUGUAGGAUGUGAAGAAGGAGGUUUAUUAACUGAGGCUGUAAAAAAAAAACCAUAUUCAGUUAUUUUAUUUGAUGAAAUAGAAAAAGCUCAUAAAGAUAUAAAUAAUAUUAUGUUACAAUUAUUAGAUGAAGGUACUUUAACAGACUCUAAAGGAGAACAUAUAGAUUUUACAAAUACAUUAAUUAUUUAUACAAGUAAUUUAGGAUGCCCUACUUCUUCUGUACAAUUUAAAUCUUUUCAAAAUGGAGAAGAAUUAUCUGAAAAAGAAUAUAAAUUUUUAUCUAAAAAUGUAGAUAUAGCAGUUAAAAAAUUUUUUAAACCAGAAUUUUUAAAUAGAUUAGAUUCUAUUAUUGUAUUUAAACCACUUAGUAUUUUAUGUUUAAUUAAUAUUAUAAAUAAAUUUAUUUUUAAUUUAAAUAAAAAUUUACAAAAUAAUAAUAUAUUAUUACAAGUAGAACUUGAAGAAGAUAUAAAAAUAUUAUUAGCGAAAUUAGCUUAUAAUCCUUUAUAUGGUGCUAGACCUUUAAAAAGAAUAAUACAACAAUUUAUAGAAAAACCUAUUUCAGAAAUUAUAAUUAAUUUUAAUUUUAAAUUACCACAUUUAUUUUCAAUAUUUAAUAAUAAAGAAAAAAAUAUUAUUAGUUAUUUAAUACAAAAAAUUAAUAAUAUUAAAAAUAAAUAA